CUCAAAAGUGAAAACUGAUGAGAAACUAGAGUCACAUCGUCUUUUGGAUUGCAGAAGACGGAGCAGCAAGAGCAGAGCAGAAUUCCCAGCAAUGGCAUUUAACAAACUCUUCAUCGUUGCCAUAUGUUGUCUUUGCUGUCUGACUGUGGCACUUGCAGACAGCACUGUGUCUUGCUACAGGAUCGAACCCGGCACGAUAGCGGGCAUCAUCUGUGCAGAUGUGCUGCUGACCCUCAUCAUCGUCGCCGCCACCUACAGAUGUGCCAGCUUUCGGCGUCAGAAGAUAGACAAUGCUAACAAAGUGUACAUGAAUGUCCGGGACUACUGCAAGAGCUAAUCUAAAGGUGGUGCAGUGAAUCAUAGAAUUCUGUUCAAAAUUUUUGAUCCAAUCUUUUUUUAAAAUUCUGCAAAAAAAAAAUGCAAAUUGUUCUGAAAAAAAUAAUUUUAUAUUAAAUUCUUCUGAAACCAACCCAUGUUAAGUUUCUUACACAUAUUUAGAUAUCUUUACACUGACAAUGAUAAGAACAAUUCUCAAUUCGUAGAAACAAUUCGGCAAAAAAAAAAAGCUAUUACAUAGCAUUGAAGCACAACAAAUGAUUUAUUGUGCCAAAUAAAAGGCUUUGAACUCCUAUUAAAAGCCUUUUUACACCAAGUCACAAUGUGGAUUCUGCUUGCAGUUCUAUUAAAAACUUUAAAGAGACUUUAAAAAGAAACUUUAAAAAAAAUAUCUUUGAUGGCACAGUUAAAACACAACAAGGCACCCUCUGCAGCUGGUAUUUGCUAGCUUAAUAUCUAGACAAGUAUCUUAAUCCGUUGAACCACAAGCAAUUUCUGGGGAUUUUUGGUUCUUGUCACAUUAUCACAAACUGUGGGUUGUUUUUUCACGGCAAUGUAAAGUCCUCCACCUCCAUGGAAACAGCACAGCUGUGGCUAGAAGUAGAGAAAACUCAGAAAUGCCUUCUACGCAGUAUGAUCCAGUUAUAAUGCCAUAAAUUAUAAGUUUAUAAAACAAAAACGAAACACAAGAAAGCUGAAUUUCUUUGAUUUUUUGUUUAAAUGGAAUCAACAUGUUCACCAUUUUUUCUAUGAAUGAACUAUUUACAUUUGUAAUUACUUUCUGUACUUAUAUACUAUCUGCUCCAUGUUAACACGCAGUUAAGCUGGAAACUCUGAAUUUUUGUUACGUGACUGUUGGAAUUUUUGCUAUUUUAUAGGAUCUAUGGGUCAGUUUAGAACCAAUUUUAUUUUCUUUAUACAUUCUUCUGCUUAUUCUUAAACAUUGCGUUUCUUUGCAUUUUAAUGCUGAUGACAUGCAAGUAUAUCUUCCUUUGAUCCUUCAAUCCUGGUAGGCUGAGUUCUCUUAAUAACUACUUUUGUGAAGUCAAAAAUUAUAUGGCAAUGUUUUUUAUUCAGCUGUUAAAACAGAAAUUCUUGUUUUUUAAAUUGUCGUAAAUGUUAAAACUGAUUCUGGCACCAGAUGAUACUCUAGUAAUCUCACUUUUGAGCACAAAGCCACAUUUUUAGCAUCAUAUCUUACAUUUUAAAGACACAGACAUCAUUUUAUUUAUCUUAUAGUGUAACAGCUUUUUUUACCUGUCUGAAUCAAACAUCUGUUGAUUGACUCCAGACUGUACAGAACUCAGCUGUCACAUUUUUUUUAACCAGAACCAAGAGACGUGACCAUACUGCUGUUUCUGCCUCUUUACACUGGCUCUCAGUGUGUUUGAAAAUAGAUUUUAAGAUUUUACUGAUUACUUAUAAGGCCCUUUACAGGAUCUACCCAGCUUUAUCUCUGAUCUCUUAGCAACGUGUGCACAUACGUACACAGAGGUGUUUUCCAUUUGCUCUGGAGCAAACUGCCCGAGGAAAUGAGGUCAACUGGUUCAGUCGCCUCUUAUAAGUCUCUUGUCUGUUCUUUAAACGUAUAUUUAUCAGAGAACCCAUCCUACUUUCACUUGCUUUUUAAUUUCCUUUGGAGGAUCUGUUUUUUUUAUCUUUUAUUAUGUUUUUACCUUUAAUCUUACUAUGUAGAUGUUUAUGGUUUCAAGAGCUUUACUGAUGUAAGAUAUGUAAUGAAGCACAAUCAAAGAGUGAAGCUGAAUUAAAUUGACAUUUUCUGCUUGAACACAUGAAUAAAGUGCAGCUAAUUGUCAGGAUAAA